UGCCGUGGAUAACAAAUCAGGUGGACUGGCAGCCAUUGAUGAAAUUUAGGGUGCUUUGCUUCUCAACGACGCAUCUUUUACCCAACCCAACCGAACAAGCGUACGUUAUCCUAUUGGGCGCCACAAGUGGAUAGCAGAAUUCGUUCAAUCUUGGCCAUCGCAAUCCCUACCUGCAACCCCAAAGCCUUCAUUUAAUCCUUUUCAGCACUUUGGUUCGAAGGCCUUUGGGAUUGUGCAAAAGGGACUGCCGUGUGGUCCUCUAUUUGAUAUUUCUAUUUUUUUUUAUCAUCUUCGGGAUAUCAUCCCUUGUUCUAGUUUUUUUUUUUUUUUCUUUUGGAUUAUUCGGAAUUCUGAAUCAUUUUGAGGGGAAAGGAAGGGAAGUAGUUGUUAUUUGGGUGGAUUUGAGUGUUUGGAAAGCCCAAUCGAGAGCUUUCAUGGGGGUUCGUUGUGAUGCGCAGAAUAGCGGUGCAGUUGGGGGUUUGAGGACUUUUGUGAGGCGGAAACAGGUUGAUUCUGCUCAUGCGAAGCCAGCUUCCUCGUCCGGAAAUGGCGGUGGUCAUAUUCAGUUGGCCAAAGCUUUGAGUGUUCCUCAUCUCAUAGCCAUAGGAGUUGGUUCGACGAUCGGUGCUGGAGUAUACAUUCUUGUUGGAAAUGUUGCACGGGAGCAUUCAGGGCCUGCCCUUACCUUUUCAUUUCUGAUCGCUGGAAUAGCAGCAGCACUCUCUGCUUUCUGUUAUGCUGAGCUUGCCAGUCGAUGCCCUUCUGCCGGAAGUGCCUAUCAUUAUUCUUACAUAUGCAUUGGAGAAGGUGUUGCUUGGUUGAUUGGUUGGGCACUGAUAUUAGAAUACACUAUAGGAGGGGCAGCAGUUGCCCGCGGCAUAUCUCCCAAUCUGGCAAUGCUUUUUGGUGGGGCAAAUAGUCUCCCUUCAUUUCUUGCUCGGCAGACCAUCCCGGGGGUUGGUAUUGUAAUUGAUCCUUGUGCUGCCAUCUUAGUUAUGGUGGUCACUGCACUUCUAUGUGUGGGGAUCAAGGAGAGUACUUUCGUUCAAGGUGUGGUCACUGUAGUAAAUAUAUUCGCAAUGAUCUUCGUCAUUGUUGCUGGUGGAUAUUUGGGCUUCAAGACUGGGUGGCCGGGAUAUGAUGUACCUUCAGGAUAUUUUCCUUUUGGGGCUGAUGGGAUGCUUGCUGGAGCUUCGACUGUUUUCUUUGCAUAUAUUGGUUUUGAUUCAGUUGCGAGUACAGCUGAAGAGGUGAAAAAUCCUCAACGCGAUCUGCCCUUGGGCAUUGGUUUGGCAUUGACCAUAUGCUGCUCUUUGUAUAUGCUGGUUUCGGCCGUCAUUGUUGGGUUGGUGCCGUAUUAUGCUAUGGAUCCAGACACUCCCAUAUCUUCUGCUUUCGCUUCUCAUGGAAUUGAAUGGGCAGCGUAUGUUAUAACUACUGGAGCAUGUACUGCUCUGUGUUCAACAUUGCUGGGUUCACUUCUUCCACAGCCACGGAUACUAAUGGCUAUGGCUAGAGAUGGAUUGCUGCCUUCAUUUUUCUCGGAUGUGAAUAGAAAAAGUCAAGUUCCGAUAAAGAGUACCAUGGUGACUGGUUUACUUGCAUCCAGCAUGUCUUUUCUCAUGGACGUGGAUCAGCUGUCAGGGAUGGUUAGUGUUGGCACACUCCUUGCGUUUCUGAUGGUGGCAGUUUCUGUGUUGAUACUGAGAUAUGUUCCGCCCGAUGAGGUUCCACUUCCAUUAUCUUUCCAGGAAGCCAUAGAUUCAGUGUCGAUGCGCCGCAGCAUCAGCAACAACCCUGCUGAUUCUGAUGUGGAGAGCAUAAAAGCCUACGCCAUUACCUCUGAUGGAAUCGUUCCUGUUUUAGCGAGCAGUAGAACUACUUUCGGGUACCCUCUCCUAGAGAAAGCAUCGCUGCAAUGGAAUUUUUUCACCGACGAAGGGAAUAGACGGAAAAUUGCUGGCUGGGCAAUUGCAUUUACGUGCAUCGGCGUGCUUGUUCUAACUUCAGCUGCAGCAAGCUUAACCCUCUAUAGCUAUAUUCGGCUUUCACUUUGCGGAAUUGGAGGAGUUCUCCUUUUGUCCGGUCUCGCAAUCCUGACCUGGAUCGACCAAGAUGAUGCAAGGCACAAAUUUGGACACACGGGAGGUUUCACCUGCCCUUUUGUCCCAUUGCUGCCCAUUGCCUGCAUUCUGAUCAAUGCCUACUUGCUAAUUAAUCUCGGCGCUGCAACUUGGACCCGUGUAUCUGUGUGGCUUGGCAUAGGAGUACUUGUGUACAUGUUCUAUGGCCGCAGUCACAGUUCCUUGAGGAAUGCAGUUUACGUACCGGCAGCCGACAUCGAUGAAAUCUAUGACGAAAGCUACUCCAAGGCUCUGUUGUCUUGAGACAGACACAAACAUGUCUGGUUGGUUGGUUGGUUGUAUGGAAAAUGUGGAGGCUUUUGUUUGGGCUUUCGGACACAGAGAAGAAGCAGAUUCUUGUUUCUGACAUUUUCUUUUUAUAGAGCCAAAUUGAAGGGUAGUUAUGGAGGUAGCCAAUUAAGCUGAGGUGAUGCAUUAUCCAUGGCUGGCUAUCUUAUUGUUAAUAUUAAUUACUUUUUGUUAAUCUCUAAUGUAAAUAGUGUGUGUGUCGAUUAUUCGAGACAAGUGGAAUUUGUCUUGGGCAUUGCAUUAUAUUACAUUCUAGAGGACUCUUUUGUUAUAAUCGUAUAUAAUAAAAAUCUGUAUAUAUAUUUAUAUAUAAAUGCUGCAUUAUUUACUUUUUGUAAA